AGGUGACUGUGGCAAAUACCGCUAUGGCGGAUUGAAAGUUUAUUUUUUCUGAACAAAUAUGUCUGGCUACGUUAAAUCCCAGAACAGAAGUGGUGACAACCAUGCGACAGACGCAAUAAUAUCAUUGCCUGGACAUGAGGUACAUGAAAUAGAAACCAGUGUAACUGUCAAGGAGAAGAGUCACAAAUAUGCAGAACCAAGAGAGAGAAAAGGUCGUCCUCUUUCGGCCAAACUUUCCAGCAGAGAUAGAUCUCAGCCGCUUACACCAACUUUGCACAAAGGAGGAUGUCACUUCAAUAGAUCUGCCACAGACAUGGUCAGCUAUGAGGAUCUAAUUGUUGCACAAUAUUUAGAUGAGCUGAGAAGAACAAAGAAUGAACUCAGAAAAGAAAGAGAGGUACCACCAUCACCGUACCUACAGCGACUCCCACACUCUCACCUCUUUUCCUCUGUCAGAUCCGGCAAACGGCGACCGGCAUCGGCCUGUUUGCCCUCCCACGCACGACACUCAGGAAAACCCAAGAUAGACGCCAAAUUUAUCGCUGAUUCGAACCUAUGGGAUCCAGAGAGUCCGAGGCUGGAGAAAGUUCGCUUGAGAAACCGACCGUCAAGUGCACCCAUCAGGAGGACUCGACCAAUAUCUGCAGUUUCUUCAAAUUACAGUUAUUAUGGAUUGUACCGACCACUUUCAGGAAAGAAGACAAAAUCACUGUACAAAAAGCAGCCACAUAUAAUUCGAGUGACAGCAUUCAAGAAUGGCACAAGAGAUGUGUUUUGUAACGCGGCUGCACCAAACAUGAAAUUGCUGCUGGAGUUCCUGACGGACAAGUUAAACUUGGGUUUUGCUGCUCGGAGGAUCUUCCUUGAGGAUGGUAUGGAGAUUUCUGAAGCAAGAGACAUCCCGCCAUAUGCAGAAAUCUAUGUGUCCAUGGGUGAACCAUACAAAGACCCACAGAAACCUACCAAAAGGAACCUGAUUUUACGCAAUGGUGCAGUGUGGACUUUAUCUGGGAUUAUACUUCCAGAAAAUGGGAAGAAAAAAGCUACAAAGACAAAAAUGUCCAAACACAUGAGAACACUUGUGGGAGAGAAGAAAGUUAGGAUCAUCAUCUACCGGAAUGGGUCCAGCCAGGAACCAGCAGAAGUGGUGGCAGACUGUACCAAGCUUGACGAGUUCCUUGUGGGCUGCACUGCGAGACUGGAUAUGCGGUCUCAUGCCAGAGUUUUAUAUGACUGGGAAGGAAGGAAGAUAACUGAUCUAACUGAAACCCCAAUACUGGAUGACUGUCUGCAAUCUGGAGGGACUCCAAUCCUUGGUCCUCUCUGGGUGUCUGCAGGGGAAGGGUUCAGCCCCACAGGAACAAAAGACUUCAUCGCACACACCAUCAUCAUUGUUAAACGUAAGCUGAAAGAAGAGAAAGAGAGAAAAGACCAGAUUGACCUUGCUCUGAAGGAUGAGAAUGACUGUGUCACUGAUAAAGCCAUCUUGUCCAUGUCCUCAGAUCAGCUGUACGAGGCUCUCGAAAAGGCCGAGAGUGACAUAGAUCAGCUGAAGGAGACGCUGGCAAUGUUGAAAGACAAGCUGAAGAAUCUCAGAGAAGAGCUCAACAAAGAAGAGCAAAUGGGGGUGAGUUACAAAAUGGAACACAUCCGUGAGAUACAGGGUGAUGACAGACUUGUGGGAACCAAGGGUCUCAAGUUGAAGAUCUUUGAAAAUGGAAGUGCUGACAAUGAAUAUGCAUUUUUCUUCAACUUGCGAGAAGCACUGAAAGGCAUUGCUUCAAAUGACAAAGACAGACUAAUGCAAAGACUUCUUGAUGAGAUCUCCAGCACUAACUUCUCGUCCUCGAAGGCUGCUCCCAAACUGAAUGCUGUGGCACAGAGACUGUAUGACAAGUAUGGCCACGAGAUCACUGAUGUCCUGUCUCUGGAGUACGACCAGAAGGUGUGGGUGUCGUUUGGAGAACCUUACAUUUGUCCAUUCACAUACUGCCUUGAAGUUUUCUUUGACAAAGCAUCGAAACUGGAGAUGGAGGGUGUGGAACACAUUGUAAGAGAACAGAUUAUGCAGGAAGACACAGAAGGAAUGUUAGAUCACUCCAACUGGGAAGCUAACAUUGGUUUCCCUGUGGGGUAUGUACAGAGCAUGAACACGGCCAUUAUGCAGGAUGAGGAGAAGGCCAAAUGGAUGUUGGAAUUUGCCGAAGUCGACAGGGACAGCUGUUACCUUUUGCACAAAAAAAAGAAUGAUCUGUGUUUAUACCCGGAGCUGGUGGUAAAUGAGAAGUUCAAACGACCCGAAGACUCAGAAAGGAAAAUAGACGAAAGCAUGAUGCGCAAAAUGAAGGAAUCACAAAUCUGGGUCAUAACCAAGGGUGGCCAUAUCAUCUGUAAGUACAUGCCUCAACUCUGCUUGGCUGUGUCUGACUCGAAAAUAGAAGGAAAACUGUUUGGAAAAAAUGUCAGCAUCACCGGAUUCAUAGUCACUCUACAGAAGAAGAUGACGCAGAAUCCCAACCAGAUCUGGAAUUUCAGUCCUGAAGGAACAAUAUCAGCUGCUUCUCACCCAGAACUGGCACUGACCUAUUUGGGGAACAAGUUUGGCGAUGAUGAGGGGUAUGAGGAGAACAAGCCCCAGGGCACGAAGACCGGUCAGCGAGUUUACCUGGUGGUGUCCGACCCGCUGACCAAGAAAGAAGCGGCCGCUCAGAGGUUUGGUUUAAAACAGGAAAGGUUUGACAACCUUGGACAGUGGAAGUAUUGUGAUGUUUCCAACCCGGAAUGGCAUAAACUUGCACUUUCGUGGCCAGUGAAAGAAGAUGGUGAACGGAACCUGGAAUACGAUUGGCCAAUGGAAGGUUACUUGAUUCCUAAUGUUCCACCUCCUCGAAAGCAAUCAAAGAAAUCAGGACUGUCAGGAGUGACACCAAAGCGGCUUUCGUGUUUGAAGAAUGGAGAAAGGGACAGAGCAAAUGCAAUUUCAGUUGUUGGUCCCAAUUUAACCAAUAUGGUGAAAGAUGUCACAAAAGAAAAGCAAGACAAAAACCAGAAGUGGGGAGGAAAACGCAAACAGAAGGAAUCACUGCCAGACCACGCUGAUUCGGUUGACGGUGAUUUCAAUCUGCACUGUCACGACCUCACAGUGAGGCAGCUCGAAUUCUCCAUGUUUCUUGAUCACUGCACAUCACUGCUGGACCUUCCCUUUGCUGGGAGACGACUGUUUGACGAGAAAGGUGUUGAACAUUUUACCCUGCAGUCUUUGAAGCGUGAUUCGCUGGUGUACAUUUCCUGUGGAGAACAGUGGGUUGAUCCCAAUCUGAGCAAAACUGAGCAGGAGCGGCGCUUCCUGCUCACUCAGCUCUACAAUGAUGUUGCUAAGAUACGACAGUACUGCUCACUUCGCCAUCCACAGAAUUAUGUUCUGGAGAUUGAAGGUGGUAUUACGCAGAACGCGCGGAUUAUCGUCAACAAGUUGUGGAAUCAGGAGGAGGAGGAGAUGCAGGAGAGAGAGCCAGUUACCCAGGUAACCAGUCAGAUCCUGGCUAAUGAGGAGGAGGAUGAAGAUCUCCAGGUUCUGUCGCCUCACACCCGAGCCCAUCUCAAGUCCGAGGAGCGGCUGAACAGCUUGAAGUGGCCCUGGGAGCGACUUGUCAAUGCAACAAACUCGGACGACGAAGAUCUGGAGGCUCAGAAAUACACAGACAAAGAGUUGUAUGAGAAAUACAAACCAAGGCCAACCCCACGGCUGUCGAGAGACACACUACAGCGGUUUGUGUAUGAGGACAACUACAUUGCCAGUGCCAACAACAAGCAGCUGGUGCUCGGUGUACAUGAACAGGAGGGCCGUGUGAGCGAGGUCUUCUUAAUGAAACGCCAUCCCGAUGACAUCAACCAGCGCUGGGUCAUGAAGGGAAACGGCGAGAUCCGCUCGCGGUACAACAAACAGCUGGUCCUCACUGUGGCCCUGCCCAACAACGAGAGCCACCAUGUGGAUGAAGACGGGCGACCUUUGACCUUUGUCGGCUGUCCCGUCACUCUGCAGAUGAGACGCAGCAAUCAGUUCGGCAGGGCCCACCAGAAGUGGCGCUAUGAUGCCGAGACUGGCUUCAUUCAUGCCUUUGAUGCAAAGAUACCCGACCAAGAAAUAACUGCAGCUACAAAGGCUGAUGUUUGUACUUUUGCCAUUGCUGGACCUACUAAGAUUGAUCAACCUGGCUACUUGGCAGAAAUCCCGUCAUCCAUGUCAAAAGACAGCAAAGAAAUAACAAUUUGUCUUUCUUGUGCCCGUUCCAUGAGGGGACGCUACAGACUGCAGAAGCUUCAGCCUGGAGUAGAAUUCUUCUGUGCUAUGGGACAAGCAAAGAAAUUCAAACUUCCUCAGUGCGGCAGCUUCCGUUUUCUGAGUGGAAAGGUUGAUCUGUCAACUCAUGAAGCCGAGUUGACCCUCGCCAAGUGGGAAGAGACAAUAGAAAAGCUUCGCGAGGAGACCAGUGUCCGCACAAUCGCCAAGGAAAUCUCGGCCGCCCAGACUGUACGCACUAUUAAAAUACUCGCAUACAAGAACGGAGAAGGAAGAAUGAGGCCUGGGAAGAUUAUUUUUGGUUCCAGCAUCCAGGGAUUGUUGAACCAGUGUACGAGCCAGCUGGAGCUGUCGAAGGCCGCACGCCGUCUGUACAUGGAGGAUGGGAUUCUCAUGUUGGAGAUGGAGGAUCUCAUUGACUGGGCCGUGGAGAACUACAAGAAUGAGAUGGCCGACAGGAUAGAGAAGAUGGUACUCAGAGAUAACUCAACCUUACCAGAUGUGAUGGAGGAGAGUGCAGAAGAUUCCCAACAGAUAUCACAAGGGGCUGUCACUGGUAAAGACCUGCAGCUUAUAGGGGAGGAGGAAGAGGAGGUGGAUGAUGAGAGAGGUGACGGUGACAGGGACAACACAGAACUAUCUGCCACUGAAGACAAAGACCAGAUCAGUGAAGUGGAAGAGAAAACUGAACUUGAUAAUAAUGAAGCACGAAAGAUUGCAAAGAAAAGAGAACUCCUGCUGAGUCAAGUACCAUUACCUUCCCUUGAGACAAUUCUUCGAUACCCUGUUGAAGUCUGGGUUUCAAGUGGAAAGAAAUUUAUUCCUCCAGAAGUUGUUGAAUCGAAGGACAUCAACAGAAGGAAGAAGAGAGCAUUUCGAGCACAGGUGUCUCUGGAGUUGGAUAUGGAGAAACACAUUCUGAGACAGAUGAAAGGUCGUAGAUUUGAAGAGCUGAACCCAGGAGAAUACAAAUCGACUUUGAGUGCUCAUCAACCAGUGAUUAUAGAAGGACAUUGGCAGGAGCCGACAGUCCACGAGAAGAUGAAACACGACACUGUACACAGACUGCAGACACAUCUUGGUGAAAUCGAAGCUAACCAGAAAGACCAAUCUCGACCAUCAAGUGCCAACUUCUCCAGACUGUACAGACAGCCCAAUUUGAAAAGAGUGAUGGUUUAUCCGAAUGGUGAAAGUCUGGAACGAGCAGUUUAUGUCUGGGGAGAGACGCUAGAAGAAAUCCUUGAUUUGGCCACUGUAAAGCUUGAUAUGUGGAAACAAGCCAAGUAUAUUUUUACCAGUGAAGGAAUACCUAUAACGUCUUUUGAUGAUCUCGAGAGAGACCAACUCAUCUGUAUCUCACCCAUCAAAACAUUUAAACGUCCUAAAGGUCACAUUCUUGACAUUGAGGUCAAGGCCAAUUGGGGUCGUGCACGUCGGAAGUAUGGACCAGCAGCUACAGAAGUGAUGGUGACAUCUGCAGCUAAUCCAAAAGUUGAUGUGGAUCCAUUUGGGCCUCCCGAACUUGCUUUACCACUUACCAAAAACGAGCAGGCAGCAACAAGACCUUCCCGACCAGAACCAUGUGCUUAAUUAGAUCUGCUGGCACAGAUCCAUGUUUAGAUGUUCGUUCACAGCCAGAACUGUGGGCUUAAUUUGACGUAUAGCUUCCUUAUCCAGAUAUUUCUUCAUCCAUUUGCUUUAGUAGAUCUGGCUUUCUUUACCGACAUACUUUAAAACCAGAACCGUAGAGGGACUUGGUCUCUCUUUUUAAAUAUUACUUGAAAACCAGAACCAUGACAGACUUGGUGUCUUUGUUUAAAUAUUCCUUGAAAACCAGAACCAUGGACAGACUUGAUUUCAGUUUUAAUAUUCCUUUACAGCCAAAUAUUUGUUCUUAAUCACACCUAGUCUCAUUGCCCACACAUUCCUUCACAAGCAGAGCCAUGUGCUGAAUUGGACGGACUUCAUCAUCUUGCCCACAUAUUCCAAUGUGUUUGAAGCGUAAUCUGGAGUCAUCCAGAUAUACAUUAUUAGUGAAUCAAAACCAGGACUUAGUGUGUUAAACACAGACAUUAGAAGCUGUUUGAAAUAUUUGUGAUAGAUCUACUUGUAGCUCAAUAAUUAGAAAUUUUUGUGAUCUACAUGUAACUGAAUAAUUUGCGAUAGAUCUACAUGUAACUGAAUAAUUAUAAAUAUUUGUGAUCUACAUGUAACUGAAUAAUAUGUAAUAUGUGUGAUAGAUCUACAUGUAACUUAAUAAUUUAAAAUCUUUGUGAUCUACAUGUAACUGAAUAAUAUGAAAUAUUUGUGUUAGAUCUGCAUAUAGCUGACUAAUUUGAAGUAGUUUUAAUAAUCUACCUCUAGCUGGAUAAUUUGAGACCUAGUGUGGUAGAUUUUCAUGUAGCUAAAUAAUUUGGAAUGUUUGUAAUACUAGUAAUCUACCUCUAGCUAAAUGAUUUGAAACCUAAUGUGAUAGAUUUGCAUAUAGCUAAAUAACUUUAAAUCUUUGUAAUAAUUUACAUAUUUGAAAUAUUUGUGAUAAAUCUACAUGUAGCUGAAUAAUAUGAAAUAUUUUUGAUAGGUGAAUAAUUUAAAAUCUAAUGUAAUAGAUACAUGUACUUGUAGUUGAACAGUUUAAAAUCUUUUGUGAUAAUCUUUGUUUUUUGGCCUAAAUAUAAAUUGCUUGUUGCAACUUUAUGGAAUAUGGAAUGAAAUAUAGAAAUCUUUGCUUUAAAAAAAAAAGAAGGAAAAAAAGCAUAAUCGUGCCAUAGGAGUGAAUGCAUUUUUUGUAUCACCUCCCCCACCUCCCCCGACAUAAAAAUAAGAAUGUGAUGUAGUAGGCUACUUUUUCUUUAAUUUCUUUAAUAAUUAAUGACAAUGGUUGAAGUAACAAAUUUAACUUAUACAGUUUUGUUUUUGGCUUGUAUUAAUUAAUACUAUUAGUUUUUAAUAAUAUUAAAGUCAAGAUAUUAAAAUUAGUGUUGUCCCUUUUGACAUCAUAAAUGCCUUAUUUAGGUAGCUUAAGUAUCAGGCAUUGUGUUAAAUAAAAUAUUGCAUUUAAUUGGUUGUCUAAGGCGUGCAACUAAGCAAAAGUCAGAAGAUGUCUAGGUUUAUGUAUAUCUUCACAUCUUGCCAUUCCUGUUUUGUCAUAUUAACAACCAUGCAUUUGACUCGUCAAAUGGUAGAGCAAAUUGUUAGAGACUCAAAACAUUUUGAAAAUCGGGGAAAAUAUUGUCUUUUUUUUAGUGUUGUUUUCUCUUCUUGUUUCAACACAAAACAUCUACUGAUUGUUAUAUUAUAUAUCAGUGUGUUGGGGAGUCCUUAAACCAACAUUCCUUUCCUUCACUGAUUGAGAAAUAAAAUAAACCUUUCAAACCAUAUGGUUGAAAUGGUGUGUUAUGUAUUUGACGUCUUUUGUGUGACUACAUGCACAACAUCAUGAUAAAAUCAUUAUACGGUUCAGAUUUGACAGUUAAAAAAAGAAGAUGCUUUUCAUCCAAGUCUGUGACACUUAAAGCCGUUGUGACAACCGACUCCUAUGAAGUCCUGAAAUUAUUAGUUUUUGUAUGGUACCAUUAAUGCAUUUAAAGAAUGUUAACACUUUUUUCCAAUCGGUGAAAUUCAUUUGAUUACAGAAAUGUCUUAUCAUACAUAUAAUUGGUAUUUUGAAGUUACAUGUGUAUUAUUCUAUUAAAAAAUGUUGGUUUCAUGUUUGUUCUUAUUUAAAAUUCUUCAUGUUUAGCUCCUUUGGUCAGUUAUUCCAUAUUUUUCAUUUGUAUUACUUAAAGAAUCUUGUCCAUCUUGAAAAUCCUCACUGAUGUUUUAUCAGAAUUUUUAUAAUCACCAUUUAUCUUAUAAUUUAACUGAUGUUUUUUAUAUUUGUUUUAAACACUAUUCCUCAAAUAAUGUCAUAAAGUACCAAUUUGACUACCCUUAUCUGGUGACAUGACUACCCUUAUCUGGUGACAUGACUACCCUUAUCUGGUGACAUGACUAUCCUUAUUUGGUGACAUGACUAUUCGUAUGUGGUGACAUGGCUAUUCGUAUGUGGUGACAUGACUAUUCUUACCUGGUGACAUAACUGUUAUCUGGUAAUUUUACUAUCCUUGGUUUUGUAACGUUGGAUUGUGUUUAUACUAAUAUGUGUUUUAGAAUUUAAAAUUGCCAGCUUAUUUUAAUUGGUGAUUAAUUUGAUUUUAAACCUAUAACCUUUUAUUACUGCAACAAUAGGUGCUUAAUGAUCUCAUUUAAUAAUGUUUAAAUGUACACUUUUUUAUUUUUUAUUUUUCUGUAUAUUUUAUUUUGGUGGAAGGUUAUUAUUCAGCUAUUGAUUUAGGAUAAAUAUAUAUUUUUAAACUUAUUAGUUCUUGCUACAUUUUAUUUUGUAAUUAUGUUAUAGUAGCUUAGGUUUAUGUACACUUUUUAAAAUAAUGUACAGAAGUUUACAUUUUAUUGUUUAUUAUAAAAUUCAAAUGUUUUCAGAACAAAUAGGUCUUUGUGGUAAUAUUCCAUUAAAUCAUCUGCAAAAUGAAAAUUCAUGUAUUGGCAAUUUAUUAUAGAUUUCCCAUUACCAAUCAAAAGAAAGGUUUUUUUUAUAUGUACAUGUACAUGUUUAAUAAUUUUGUAUUAUGUUAUACAUGUGAUAGCAGAUGGCUGUGAUAACUAAUUUUACUGUCUCAUAUUCUACAUUUUAAUAGUAAACACACAUGUAUUGUUUGUUGUACACAUAAUUUAAAAUAAGCUGUAAAGCUGUAAUUCAAGCAUAGAUACAGAUGAUUUGGAGAAUUAAAAAACAAACAAAACAUUUCUUCCAUUAAUUAAUAAAUGAAGUGGAUUGGCAAACAUGAUAAGGCCUACAUGUGUAUAUAUAUAGAUGCCUAUCCAUUUUUGGAGAAUGGUUAAGAUUACCUGUUAAGACUAGUUAUUGUAUUACAGAGGUCAAUGUUUAUUUCAAAGGCAUAAUAAAACCUACACACAUAUUUUUUUGAAGUCUCUUAAGUAUUUUUUUUUUUUAUUGUCCCCAGAAAUAUUUGGCAGUGUCAGGGUUGAAGUCUCUUAAGUAUACUUAACAAGUAUCAAGUUGAACUGAGUUUUUCUGGUAGAACUCGUGUGGAUCUUGGAUUGACCUUAUAUAUCCUAGUGCAAUCAACCGAUAGAAAGAUGCUAGAAAGCCAUGCUAGAAAAACCUUCUAGCACACAUACCUAUAGAUGUUAAAGCACUCUUUUCACUGGUUAAUUGGUCUCAUCAUCCAGGCAUUAAGAUGGACGUUUGUAACUGUUUACAUCAUUUCAUUUCAACUUAUUUUCGUGCUUAUAUCCAAUUAAGGUUCAAGCAUGCUGUCCUGGGCACACACCUCGGCUAUCUGGGCUGUCUGUCCAGGACAGUGGGUUAGUUGUUAGUUGGUU